UCGGCCCUGGGGUGAAUGUCUCCUCCAGAGCAAGAUGGCGGCCAGAGUCCUCAUCAACGUAGAGGCUGGUGUGAGUAGGGCCGCAGCCCAGGUACGGGCCGAAGGUCGGCCCUUGGCCACUGCUGUUACUAGCACGAGCACUGCAACAAUAACCAGGGCAUUAUCUGCAACUUCUUACAACAACAGGGAAGAUAGCUGGUUUAAAUCGCUGUUUGUUAGAAAGGUGGAUCCACGCAAAGAUGCUCAUUCAAACCUGCUAGCUAAAAAAGAAACCAGCAGCCUGUACAAAAUUCAGUUUCACAAUGUAAAGCCAGAAUGCUUGGAGAAUUACAACAAACUUUGUGUAGAGGUACUACCAAAAGUUCAUGCCGACCAAAACUACCCAUGUGAACUUGUGGGGACAUGGAACACGUGGUAUGGAGAACAGGAUCAAGCCGUCCACCUCUGGAAGUAUAGUGGAGGUUACCCCACGCUUACCGAGGUGAUGAGUAAGCUCAGACAAAAUAAGGAGUUCAUGGAAUUCAGGAAGGAAAGAGGUAAAAUGUUACUUUCUCGAAAAAACCAACUACUUUUGGAGUUCAGUUUCUGGAAUGAGCCAGUACCUAGAUCAGGACCUAAUAUUUAUGAACUCCGAUCAUACCAGCUCAGGCCAGGAACAAUGAUUGAAUGGGGUAAUAACUGGGCUCGUGCUAUUCGAUAUCGACAAGAGAACAAUGAAGCAGUUGGUGGCUUCUUCUCUCAGAUUGGUGAGCUGUACACAGUGCAUCAUCUAUGGGCUUACAAGGACUUGCAAUCAAGAGAUGAAACACGGAAUUCAGCAUGGCAGAAGCCUGGCUGGGAUGAAUGUGUAUACUACACAGUGCCACUCAUCCAGCGCAUGGAUUCUAGGAUUAUGAUUCCACUGAAGAUUUCACCACUUCAGUAAAGAUCAACUUGCAACACCCUUAAAUGAAAGUAAAUAACUUGUGUUUUGUCUUAAUGCACAAGUUACUGACAUGAGUCUGUACUUGUAAUGAUUUAAAUAAGUAUUUUAACUUCAAGAUCUUUUAUUGAAUUUGCAGACACUUCUGAAGUGAAUUAUCAGUUAUUAAAAGCAAUAUAUUCUUUCUGAAGCACCAAGUAAAAUUAUAAUGUUAGAUGUGUAAAGUCCUAAAUGGUUAUCUUCAUUUUUAUUCUUAUUUUUGUUGCACUGCCCUCCUCCACCUCUGGACUGAACCACUAAUGAUGGUAUCUUCCUAACUUUAUCUGUUCCACUCCUUAGCCAGUGGAAUAAUUUUUUGAAGACAGUAAAUUUAAGGGUUUUUGGGGAGUGUGUGUGUGUGUGUGUGUGUAUAUGUGUAUAUAUAUGUGUGUAUACUGUUGAGCAACAUCAUGACAAGUUAUGCCUGAAUCUUGCAAAAGGACUUAUCAGAAUUUCCUUUGCAAAACAUUGACUAUCCCCAUUUAGUAAGGGACUCAUCAGUUUUCACAAUUUCAAGUGUGGUUCAUUAGGGAAUUACUUUUUAAAACAAUAUCAAUUUUUGUGGAAUAAACUGCUCUUGUGCUGUUUCUUGAAUAAUAGACAUUCAGCUGUGUAUGAUACAAGAAUAGAUUAUUAGUGUUCUUUUGGUGUUGCUUUAUACUGCUGUAGGUGAUGCAUGUGUAAUCACUGUACAAAAUUGUAAGCUCACAAUUACAUUUUUAAGAACUUUGUGUGCUUAUUUUUAAAAUGGCACCAUUAUAUGUAGUUUAUAGGAUUUACGAUAACUCUGUAAAUCUAAUUAAUGAAAGAAAUCUGUUUCUAAGUCAUUGGUCAACUGUCAGGCUACAAUAACCAAUACAGUCCGAGGGCUGUAAUAAACUUGAUUUGCAACA